AUGGUUUGGGUUUACGGUGAUAUCCACGACGAAGGAAAUCGCGCCCUCGGCGGCUGGCUUCUCGGACUCGUCCGCCGCGGUAGCACCGGUGCCGAGCACGUCGUCCCGGGCACCCUGGAGGCCGGCCAUGCCCUUGCUGAGCUUCCCGAGAACCUGGAUGAGGCGGUUGACUUCGGCGGCCUUGGUAGUCUUGUACUUGAGGACGACGCCGCUGACGGGGUCAAAGGUCUUGAGGGUGAGGUUGGCGCGGGGGCGCGCGGGGUGGCAUCGGCGGAAGCGGAAGCGGAAGCGGCGGGGGCGGCAGGGGCGGGGGUCCCCGGGGAGGAAGUUAGCAGCUUGCUUCACGCCACGCGUUGA